UGCAACUGUUUGACAGUUUGGUACUACGUAUCCCAGUAUGCACUUCUCCACUGUUCAAGCAGAUAGAGGCACACAGAAGUGUAAGGUGUACAGUUGGUGACACUCCCCGGCGAUUAAAAAGUUCGCAUAAGGACUGAGUGGGGAAACUACCAUGUUUCAGCUUUGACAUUAGAGACAAAACUGUUGUCAUUUGAUCUUGGAUAUUCAAAAUGGCAGCUGCAAAAGUAAAGUCAAACAGUCGUGCAGGGAAUCUGCUUCGAAGUAGAUCAGAGGGGACACUGAUAGAUCUAGAUGAGAAUGUUACCAUCAACAACAACAACCUUCAUGGGGGCUACGGUUAUGAGAUGGGGAAAACCUCAGAGUGGCCCGUCCUACCAAAUGAAAUUGAAAAUCCAAAACAAACUACCAACCCCUUCUGGAAUCAGCUGGGCAGGUCAAAUCCAUUCUUAAAUGAAAUCGUCCACGCCAGCACCUAUGACUCUGGGGUGUCCAUGCUGAAAGAGGAUCCCCUAUCUCUGUUUGACAAUAUUAAUGAGGACUCACUCAGCACAUCCUCAGAUGAAACAAACUUUGCUCAUCUUUUAGCACCCAGACAAAACAAUUUAAACCGAUCUGGGAGGUGGAGAAGUGCCUCAGAUAUACUUGACAACCUUGAGAAGAAGGAAGACAAGCGGACGAUGAGACUCAACUCUCAAGAACCCUUCCUGAAUCCUGAUUUUGAGUGGUUGAAGAAUGACAGAGAAGCUUACAAAAUGGCUUGGUUGAGUCAUAGGCAGCUAACCAGGUCUUGUUUGGACCUGAGCCGAAUGAAGCAAAGUCCUGGAUGGGCCCAGACUCAGGCCACAGACAUUCAAAUUCUCUGCAAGAUUGACCACAACGGAGGCUCUGUGCAGUUGCCAGACUCCAGUAUCACUGCCCAUAUUCCUCAGGGACAUGUCCCCCCAGGUGAGAUCCAAGAAAUCGGCCUCAGAGUACUCCUUGAUCCUCCCACUGGAAUUAACAACAACUACACCACAACUCUGAGCCCUCUUUUAGAGGUCAGCCUCAGUAACCAUAAUGUUUCGGGGAGCAUUUCGCUAGAAAUGAGAAUGGCUGCCAAAGUAAAAAGUGACCCCACAAGCCACGUCUUGACCUCAUUUGUAGGUCUAGUCUCUCAAAGGAAAGAGGGACCUUAUCAGAAGAUAAAAGACUGUUACAUAUACAAUGACGUGUUACAGAUGAAGCUUUUUGAUUUAAAACCACGCAUGUACGUCAUAACUGCUGCCGAGGCCACUGUUUUGGAGCAACCUGCUAUGUCAGUAUGGGAUUACUUGGAUCGACAUAUUACGGUGGCCAUCUACGGUCCCAAGCACAUACACCCAUCGCUCAAAGUGGUGCUGGUCAUAUCGAGCCAUGAUAAUAUUCCACCCAGGCUCCCUUUCUCUGAUGUCCAGAGAGGUGACAGGAACCUGCCCCCUGUUGUCUUGGAGCUUUGGGGAAAGCAUCAGUUCAACCCACAUGGCCUAAAAGAUCUUCACAUUGCUUCUAGAGUGUUGGAUUCAAACUUCGAAGUGAAACCAGUGGAUCUGAAUAAAGAGGUUAAGCAGGAUCGGCUUAAAGCAGGAAAAGUGCUCCAUUUACCGUUAGAUCUGGUCAAGGUGAGUGGAGGUGAAAUGUGUCCCUUCAAACUCAGCAUUGAAGUGAAGGAUCCGAAAAGUCUCACUUUGGGAGAUUUCUGUGUUACCUCCCCUGAAGCUGCCCCUCUGAGGUCAGAAAAACACAACCACAGGCGAGCAGAUCGGCAGAGGGAAGUGACUCGUUCCACGCCUAUUCCUGAGGAAUCAAUCUCAGAAAUCCUUACCCAGAAGUUUCAGGAUAGACCUGUAGAUUUGCAUUGGUAUGGGGUAGCAAUGAAAUCGAUCCUCAGACAACCGAGAGUGGAAUAUCUUCUGGAAUACUUUAAAGGUGAUACGAUUGCUUUGCUUUCUAAGGAAACUGUUAGAUCUCUAGGUCAGAUGAAGGUUAAGGAAUGGUACAUUGGCUUUCUUCGAGGAAGAGUUGGCUUGGUGCACUGUAAGAACUUGAAGGUCAUAACCAAGGAUCAAGUCAUCGACUUCACUGGAAUUAAGCUCACCACACCAGUCCUUUUGGACAAUAUGACAAUUCCUUUUAAAAAACUUACCUACAUGUACUCUGCUAUUCAGACCCUGGUCACAGAGCACGUCAAGUCCUGGAGAACCUUCGCUGAGGCUCUCGGUUACUCAGAGGUCUCAGUUAACGCCAUCUCCAGGAGACAUGCUGAAACAGAGGCAGAGAAGGUGGCUUGUGUUCUAGAAAAGCUCAAGGAAGACUGUCAUGCAGAGAAGAUCAAGAAGAAGUUCCAGCAUGAGCUUAUCAUAGGGCUGUUAAAGAUUGAUGUUCAAGGUGUAGUAGCCCAUCUCAUCCAGGAUAUAGUGAUUCUAUCCACAGCAGUUGAGCUGGGAGUGCGAUGGCGGGAACUUGCUGAGAGAGUCGGGAAGCUCUCCAAUGCCCAGAUUGCUGCUUAUGAGGCCCCACACAAAGGGAAAAAUGGAGAAGUUAGUGCCCAGUCAAUGUGGAAGCCUGCAUAUGACUUCCUGUAUGCCUGGAGUAAGCGGUACGGGGACGGCUACAGGGAUAUGAUCCAGGACCUUCACCUGGCCUUGGAUAAGAUGAAGAGCCCAGUGACCAAGCAGUGGAGACAGAUUACUGGAGCUCUCAUCACUGUCAACUGCAUGGAGGUCCUAAGGGCUUCCGCCUUCCUCAGAGAUUUGGAGACGACUCUUGGAGCACCUGCACUUCAUAUUUAGGUGAUACUGCUGAGUUCAUACUGAUAGCUGUGCCAUAUUUUUUUGACGUGAUAAAUAUCGACUUUAGGUGGCAUCUACCCUCGAUGGCAUCUGUUUUUUGGAAAAGUACUGAAUAUAUGUUAUUGUAUACCUGUCUUUAUAUUAUGUGUGUAUUCGCUGUGACAAUGAACAUGUGAAAGCUGUUGUCUGAUUCUUAAAAGACUCUGAGUUGUUACAAAGUCCCUUAUGCAAUGUUAAUGCUUUUAAGGGUUGUUGGUGGAAAGAGAAAUAGGAGAUUUGUUCAUUAAUUGUGAUAGAGAUGGAAUCUGAAACAUUUUCAUUCUAGAUGAACUGCCUCAAGGUUACCUCCUUUCUUUGUUUUAGUUAAGCAGUUUUGCUUGAAUUGUAAGUGUCUUUAUCAGUACAUUUUAAUAUUUGAAGUUGUAUGUGGUAUGUGUUACAUACAUUUUGGCCCUCUGGGAAUGUGACUUAUUAUUUGUCAGUGUCAGUGUACAGUAUAUUGAUUUCAGUAUCCAAGGAUGUACCAUUAUACUAGGUUUAACAUCUAAUGUCACAUCUUUGUUCUACUGGAAAGUUGUAUUGAUCUAUUUUUAUAUUUUGUGUUUUUCUAGUUGUCAUUUUAAAUGUACUAACUACAGUGUUUAAGAGUGAGGGUCCUUGUAUAAUUGCAAACCUUUCCUGUGUUAGAACAGUCUUUAAUAAUCAAUUUUGUAUUGCUGUAUUUUUAAUGCUAAAACACUUUUGAGAUUUGUUAUAAUAAUUAAACCGUAACCAUUUAUGUCAUGAAGGAGCUCUAUACUGAAGGGCAAAGAUAAUAAUAAAAAUAUGUUUUAAAGUAUUUUAAUCUUGAAUUUACUUGAGUAAAUGUUGUUUAAAAGAUCUUAUCAUUUGAUUGAAUGGGAAAUGCACAACAGGCAGCAUAUCAUACACAUGUCUGCAUUGAGUCGUGCAUUGAUGUGCAACUCGGGCUUAAAUCUGUCACUUCCUUUCAUUGCUUUAAAAAUGAUGCCAUUAUGUGGAUACCAGUGGGUUCUCUAGUGACCUCAAUGUCACAGCCUCAUUUACAAAACGGGAUACUGAUAAAGCUCAUUAGCCUUCAGCCAUGCUAAACUAUGUGAAGUACUGUCCAUUGCAUAGAGAUCUCAAGCGCUCUCAGUCACACACAAACAUAGUUUCUUCAAAUUCCCAACCUAAACACGCUAUCAUUAAAAUAUCUU